CCGUCUCCCCCAUCUCCUGAGCUUCCAGAGGUGCUCCUCUGCUUCUUCGUGGUCCUCCUCUUCCUCGUGGUCCUCGCCAUCCCCCUCCGCCUGCCCGUUGCAGCGAGCGGAGGCUGUGGAUUUAGCCGGCACCGUGGGAGGCAGGCUCGACCGAGUGGCUUAAAGAUAGAGACGGGAACGUAAAGAGAGAGAGGAGAAGCCUGUGGAUGAUCUCGUCACUCCUACCCUGCUCAUCCCCACCAUGAACAAGAUGAAGAACUUCAAGAGGCGCUUCUCUCUGUCGGUGCCACGCACCGAGACCAUCGAGGAGAACGAGUACACGGAGCAGAUCAACCAGCUCAACAUCCGACACACCCAGGGGCUGGAUCACCACCAUGACAGUCUGGGUGUCCCGUCCCAAGACCGAAGCCCAGUGACUCCUGAGCUGGCCCCCACUGGCACCCAGUCCCCCUCCCAGCUGCUGUACCACAGCAAGGCCCAGCACCGCCGCUUCUCCAUGGAGGACGUCAGACAGCGCAUGUCCCUGUCCAUGGACCUCCGCCUGCCCUCUGAGCUCCUGCAGAAGCUGCAGCUGGAGAGCCAGACCUCGCCGCCGCCGACCCCCGCCUGCAAGCCCCUCAGCCGCGUCUCCCGGCGCGCCUCGCUGUCUGACAUAGGCUUUGGCAAGCUGGAAACCUACGUUAAGCUGGGCAAACUGGGCGAGGGGACAUAUGCCACAGUUUUUAAAGGGAGGAGCAAACUCACUGAAAACUUGGUGGCACUGAAAGAGAUUCGCCUCGAGCACGAGGAGGGAGCACCCUGCACGGCCAUCAGAGAGGUGUCUCUACUGAAGGACCUCAAGCACGCCAACAUCGUCACCCUCCAUGACAUCAUCCACACAGAGCGCUCUCUAACACUGGUCUUUGAAUACCUGGAUAGUGAUCUCAAGCAGUAUUUGGACAGCUGUGGAAACCUGAUGAGCAUGCACAACGUCAAGAUCUUUAUGUUCCAGUUACUGCGGGGUCUGAAUUACUGCCACAAGAGAAAGAUCUUACACAGAGACCUCAAACCACAGAAUCUGCUCAUAAACGACAAGGGAGAGCUCAAGCUGGCUGACUUCGGGCUGGCCAGGGCCAAGUCGGUCCCGACCAAGACCUACUCCAACGAGGUGGUUACGCUGUGGUACCGGCCCCCCGACGUUCUGCUGGGCUCCACAGAGUACUCCACCCCCAUCGACAUGUGGGGGGUCGGCUGCAUCAUGUUCGAGAUGGCCACUGGCCGGCCCAUGUUCCCCGGAGCCACUGUGAAGGAGGAACUCCAUCUGGUCUUCAGACUCAUGGGGACGCCGACGGAGGACACCUGGCCGAGCAUCGGCAGCAACCAGGAGUUCAGGUCAUACGUGUUCCCCCAGUACCGGCCUCAAGCCCUCCUCAACCACGUGCCCAGGUUAGAUACAGAGGGAAUCGAUCUUCUGAAUGCACUAUUAAUGUUUGACACUAGAACACGGGUCAGCUCAGAAACGGCCCUGCAUCACUCCUACUUCCUGAGCCUGGGGGAGAACAUCCAUAGCCUGGCCGACACGGCCUCUGUGUUCUCUCUGUCUGAGGUGAGGCUGCAGAAGGACCCGGGACACCGUAGCUCUGUGUUCCAGGCCCCAGGCCGGGGCAAGAACCGAAGACAGAGCAUCUUCUAGAGGCUGGCCCUGCCGACGCUGAGGACAACACCUCAUCCAUGAAGACCCAGGCUCAUAGGAACAGACAACAUGGCCCACUCGCACCACACACACACACACACACACACACACACACACACACACACACACACAUACACACACACACACACACACACACACACACACACACACACACACACACACACACACACACACACACACACACACACACACACUCACACACACACGCUCACACAAACACAUAUCACAGGAUAACACAUAUCACAGGCACACAAUGGCACACACGCAAGGGUUUCCUUUUGAGGAUGUACUCGGCUGCACUUGAAAC